GAUAUCACUCUUACGAGCUUGAAACCUUGGCAGUAGUAAAAGCCGUUAAACAUUUUCGCCAUUACCUAAUUGGCCGUGAGUUCGUUGUCUAUACCGACUGCAAUUCAUUAAAAGCUUUUCGCACAAAAGUAGAUUUAACCCCCAGAGUUCACCGCUGGUGGGCCUACUUACAAUCGUUUAAUUUUGAAAUUCAAUAUAGAGAGGGUAAGCGUAUGGCUCAUGUCGAUUUCCUAUCAAGAAAUCCUUUACCAUCCGAACACAUUCUGCCAAUGAACAAGAUUCCCGAAAAACGAGUAAAUUGUCCGAAAUUUCAAGUACUUGGCUUCGUGCUGAGCAACGAAUAGACCCCGAGAUAACAGAAAUUGUUAACAAAUUGGAGUAAGAUGAGUAGGCCGAAAACUUAGCCAAAACGUAUGAUCUGCGAAAAGGCGUAUUAUAUCGCAAGGUCCAAAGACUAGGUUGAACAAGUUAUUUACCAGUUGUACCCAGAGCUUUCAAAUGGUCAGUAAUUAACCAGGUACAGGAGUCAAUAAUGCAUUUAGGACGGCAAAAGACACUUUAUAAAGUGUACCAGUAUUAUUGGUAUGAACGAGUAUGAACAAGUAUGUCCGGAAAUUUGUUUCAAACUGUAUUACUUGUCGGUCCGUGAAAUCAUCGUCAGGGAGGGUUCAGGCGGAACUUCACUCUUUUCCGAAGACAAGUAUACCGUGGCACACCAUUCAUAUAGAUAUAACGGGAAAAAUAGAUGCCGAAAGCUGUGUCAACGCUAUGAAAUAUUCCGUAUCCUUAUUCGGAGUACCAGAUCGCGUUAUCGCCGACCCGGCAGAUGUUUCGCUAGCUCCAAGUUUUCAGAGUUUUGCGCAUCACAGAAAGUUCAACUUCACUUAAUUGCUACGGGAAUGAGCCGCGCAAAUGGGCAAGUGGAACGGGUCAUGAGCAUACUGAAAAAUUUGCUGUCAGUGGUAGAAUCAAGUCAACGAUCGUGGCAGGAUGCACUUGGCGAAGUCCAACUUGCACUGAAUUGUACAAUUUCUCGUGCCACUGAGGCAAGUCCGUUGGAGAUGUUGAUUGGUAAACAGGCUCGACCCCUUGGGUUAGUUCCCCCAUGUGAGACCGAAUGUUAGAGCGCAGGCGACAGAAAAUAUAAAUUCCUUAGCGUCUUACUACAAAUCCAGAUUUUAUAGCAGUAAGGCAGCCGUUGACAAAUACCACGAAGGUGACUAUGUGCUAUUGAAAAAUGAAGGAGGACAUCAAACCAAGCUAGAUCCGAAAUUUAAAGGUCCGUUUUUGGUAACUGAAGUAUUAGAGGGUGACAGGUAUGCGCUAAAGUCGUUGACGAGUAACCGAUCGUUCAAGUAUUUUCAUGAAGAUUUACGAAAAAUGCCGGAUGCGGAAAUGCCUAAUGAGUUAAACGAGAAUAUAGAGAAAUAGCUGAAAUAAAGAAAUAGUUGAAUGAAAAGAAAA